CCUCAUCCCCGUUGAAGCAAGUGGAUGUUUUAGGUGUCCUCUAACAUGUAAAUUCAACAGACUGAAGUUUUCAUCAAAUAUCUUCAGAAAAUGUCAAAUUUUGAGCAGUUUCAUGUUGACUUUUACCAGUCCAAUUAUACCAUAGACGACCAGGAAGAAGGUUACAAUGGUUAUGGAUCUAAUGAAGACAUCUGCGGAAGCAGAAAGAGCCAGAGAGGAGAGCAACCUCCAGCUGGUGCUUUUGCCCCAUCGGAAAUGCUACUGUCCUCUCAGAGUUACACGGGUCAAAUUUUGCAGCCAACCUACAGUCCUGACACUCUCUCUCAUCUUAGUUACACUGAUGGGCUUGACGAGGAACCUCCUUUGCUAGAAGAACUUGGGAUCAAUUUUGAGCAUAUAUGGCAAAAAACAUUAACAGUUCUAAAUCCCAUGAAGCCUGCAGAUGGCAGCAUUAUGAAUGAGACAGACCUCACCGGACCUGUGGUUUUCUGUUUGGCUCUUGGAGCAACAUUGCUGCUGGCAGGAAAAGUUCAUUUUGGCUACGUAUACGGCAUGAGUGCCAUAGGGUGCCUUGCUAUGCAUGCCCUACUGAACCUGAUGAGCACCUCAGGAGUCUCACAUGGUUGUGUUGCAAGUGUCUUGGGCUAUUGCCUGCUGCCCAUGGUGAUCUUGUCCUCUUCUGCAGUCAUCUUCUCACUACAGGGGACCCUGGGAACUGUGUUAGCUCUGUUUAUUAUUGGAUGGUGCAGUUUGUCAGCGUCCAAAAUUUUUACCUCUGCAUUGGCCAUGGAAGGACAACAGCUUCUCGUCGCAUACCCCUGUGCUUUACUCUAUGGACUUUUUGCACUUCUAACAGUUUUCUGAGAAGUGUUUUCUGGUAGUCUCUUUAUUGUUGUUGGAGGGGCUUAUUCACUUAUUUUUAGAUUGCCUAGAGUUGCAUUACGUUCCAUUAACAGAAUCAGAUUACAUCACUUACCUUUUAUUUGCCUAAUGGCUGCUAAUAAAAUUUAAAAAUCAAGCUAAAAGGUAGAUGACUGCAAUAAUGGUGUUUUGAAAGUCUUACAGCGUAAAGAAAAAUAUUUGUAUUGAGAAGGUAAUAAAAGUGAAAAACUACGAAAUAAAUGAUAAUUUUAAAAAAUA